AUGGCUGCCUUCCGUGGUUAUGCUACAAAGAGAUACACAGAAGAUCACGAAUGGAUCUCUGUUGAAAAUGGUGUUGGUACUUUUGGUAUUACUGACCAUGCCCAAUCCUCUUUGGGUGAUAUUGUUUUUGUUGAAAUCCCUAAUAUUGGUGACAAGGUCAAGAAAGAUGAUCAAAUUGGUGCUGUUGAAUCUGUCAAGGCUGCUAGUGACAUCUAUUCUCCUGCUUCUGGUGAAAUUCAAGAAGUCAACUCUGAAGUUGUUGACGAUCCUUCUAUGGUGAACAGUGGUGCUGAAACUGAUGGUUGGUUGGCUAAGAUCAAGCUUAGUGAUGAAUCAGAACUUGAAGGCUUGAUGGAUGAAGCUGCUUACAAAGUCCAUGUUCAAUCUUCAGAUAGCGAUUAG